AUGAUACAAGGAUGUUUUAGCAACCCAGGAAGUCCAAUUUCUAGCAAAACCAAAAAUAUAGGAGUACCCAUUACAAGUUCAUGUUCAUCAAGAGAAUCUCUUAUUACAUGCAUUUACCAAACUCGUUUGUGUGACUCACCGAUUUUGAUUACACUCACCUGGUCAAAAACUCCAUGCUCACAUUCCCUUACAAUUCAUGCUCCUGAUUGCUUUUCCUUUACCAUUUCUCUUCAGCCAUCAACUUUUUCGUUGUUUCGGAUCCGACCCGGAUCCAAAUCCGUUCUCCUUAACCAAACCCAUGAACAUUAUCAGAAUUCUAAGAUCAAAGUGUAUUAUGAUUUUAGCAGAGCAGUGUUUACUCAGCUCAACUCAGCUGAGCCAGAGUCUAAAUUCUACCUCGCAUUGACUCGUAACGGGAAGGUCGAGUUUCUGUUGGGGGAUCUUCAUGAUGAGUUGACUCGGAGACUCGGGCACAACCGUGCGACGAUUAAUGCUGCUGAAUCGACGCUCUUAUCGCGAAGAGAACACGUUUUUGGGCGGAGAAUUUACGCAACUAGGUCUGAGUUUCUGGGUUUAACUCGGUUGAUCGAGAUAGAGUGUUCAAGUGGAACUUUAAAGGUAAAAAUUGAUGGGGAAGUGAAAGUGAACGUUAAAAGAUUAGCAUGGAAGUUUAGAGGAAAUGAGAGAAUGAUGAUUGAUGGUGUAAGUGUAGAGUUUUUCUGGGAUGUAUUAAACUGGGUUAAUAACAAUAACAAUGCCGGAAAUUUAAGUGCUCAAAAAAAUGGGGUGUUUGUAUUUCAAAUAGGUGAAGGAGGAGUUUGGCCAGAAAUGAUGGGGCCGGAGAAGAAGUUGAUGAGAAAGAAUUCUCCGUCGCCGGCGACGGCAUUGUCCCCGGCAGGAUCGAGUUCAAGUGUGUUGCAAUGGGCGGAGGAGAGUAGUGAUUGUGGGCGGAGUUCGUCGGGUUCGUCGUCGACGACGAGGUCGAAUAGUAGUCUGGGUGGUGGUAGUAGCGGUGGUAGUAAUGGUGGGUUUUCUUUGGUUUUGUAUGCAUGGAGGAAAGAUUAA